AUGUCUGGCCCUGGCGUCGGGUUCGAGUACCCCCCGCAGGAGGUGUCCUGGCUGAAGCGUGAUGUGCUGCUCUUUGCCAACAGCAUCGGCUGCAAGUCGGACGAGCUGCAUUUUCUCUACGAGCUUCAUCCCGAGUUUUCCGUCUUUCCCACCUAUCCUUUAGUCUUGACAUUCAAGGGCAACAACCAAGAGGUCGUCGACUUUUAUGCCACGUCCAAGGCCGUCAAGAUACCAAAUAUCCCCGACCUCGACUACAGCCGCGUCGUCGAUGGCCAGCGCAAGAUCGAGUUCCUCAAGAAGCUACCCUCGACGUCGGCGGGCCAUCGGUUCGAGGUGCGCACCAAGGUCCUCGGCGUCUACGACAAGGGCCGCCCCGGCACCGUCCUCGAGCUGCAGACGGAUCUUGUAAACGCGGCGACUGGCGAGAUUCACACGCGCGUCACCACCAGCAGCUUCUUCAUUGCUCAGGGCGGCUGGCACGGCCCCAAGGGCCCUGCCACCGAGAACUUCCCGCCGCCCCAGGACAGACAGCCCGACGCGGUGUUGGAGCACCAGACGUCAACUGAGGCGGCGCUGCUGUAUCGUCUCAACGGCGACUACAACCCGUUGCACGCGACGCCCGAGCCUGGCAGGAAGAUGGGCUUCGACGGCGCAAUCACCCACGGCCUCUAUCAGUGGAACAACACCUGCCACGCCAUCCUACGGCAAUUUGGCGCCAGCGACCCGGCCAACAUCAGAGAGUACCAGGCCCGCUUUGCCAGUCCGGUCAUGCCGGGCGACAAGCUGGUGACCAAAGUAUGGCGGACGGGUGAGACCUGCGGCGGCGGCUGGGAGGAGUUGCUCUUUGUCACGGCCGUCGACGGUGGGAAGAUAUGCUUGAGCAAUGGCCGGGCGCUGCGCGUGUCGUACAACGGCCAUCUCUGCACCGUCCUCUACAGCGGUCCAGUCGACGGCACCGCUGGCUCCUGGCUCGGCGUUGAAUGGGAUGAUGCAUUCCGCGGCAAGCACGACGGCUCUCACAAGGGCAUCCGCUACUUCACAUGCCGCUCCAAGUCCCCCACGGCAGCCUCGUUUGUCCGCCCGAACCGGCCAGCGGACAGGCCCCAAAGCUUCAUCGCCGCCCUCCGUGACAAGUAUGUCUCCGACGCGACCGAGGCCGUCGACGAGCAGGUUGUCAUCUCGGGCAAGCUCGCCGAGCAGGUCGGCUUCGACAAGAUCCGCCGUCAGCAGGCCCAGCUCAAGGACCUCAAGAUUGUCAUCCUUGACGGCCUUUGCGUCAACGCCGCGAGGGAUCAUGACGAGGCCACCGUGGCCGACACGUGUCCGAGCAUUCUGCAUCUGGACCUGAGCAGAAACCUGUUUCGUGAGCUUGGGCCCGUCGUGGAUGUCUGCGCCGACCUCAAGGGGCUGUACCGCUUGAGUCUCAAGUACGUUGGCCAGCCUCCCACCUCUCUCACCUUGGCCGCGCUCUCGCCUGACGGUGGAAACAGCGGGAAUCGGUUCCGAAACGUUCUCGGUGACUCGGCCCUGGCGAGGGCCGAGUCCUCCUUCGCAGCCGUCACGGAACUUGCCCUGGGCGAGAAUAUGCUCAGCUGGCAAGAACUUUGCCACAUCGCAGUGCGGUGCCCUCGACUGACUACCCUCGCCGUUGGCGCAAAUCACUUGUCGUCACUUCCGCUCACAAACUACCACAAUCUCGCCUCGACGCUGACGUCGAUCAACCUCGAGUAUAAUAACUUUCUUGCCCUCUCCGACCUCGCCAGUCUCGCAUCGCUCAAGGCCCUCCGCAACCUCUACCUCAAAGGGAACAAUGUAAAGGAAAUCUCGGCCCCCGGCGCCACCGCCGCCGUCUUCCCGUCCUCGCUGCAGUACCUCGAUGUGUCGUACAACAAUGUCCAGGAAUGGUCCUUUGUUGAUUCCCUGGCCACCCACUUCCCCGGGCUCACAGGCUUGCGGCUCGCUCACAACCCCGUGUACGACAAGCAGAGUGCAGAGACCAAAGCGCCAUCGUCGGAAGAAUCCCACAUGUUUACCGUUGCUCGCGCUGCGAAUCUCGAGACCGUCAACUUUACACACAUCAGCCCCGCUGACCGGACCAACGCUGAGUUGUUUUACCUCUCGAGAAUCGCAAAGGAGCUCGCGGUAGUGCCCGAGUCGGCUGAGCACACCGUCAUCGCUCUUCACCCUCGAUAUGCCAAACUCUGUGAGACGUACGGAGAGCCAGACAUUGUCCGCCGCGACGAGAUCAACCCAGCUUUCCUCGAGGCCCGUCUCGUCACCGUCGCCUUUCGCUUCGAGGGCAAGGGAAAGAAGACGUCCAGAAUACCAAAGUCCUUCAACAUCUACGCCGUCAAAGCCAUAGCCGGCAAACUGUUUGGCCACUCACCGUUGAGAAUGAGGCUUGUGUGGGAGACAGGCGAGUGGGACCCGGUGGCUGGUUACGACGAGCAGGACGGUGAGAGCAGCGAUGAGGGGGACGAUUUCGCAGAGCCGUCGCUGGAAGACGGUGUUCGCCGCCGUGAGGAGGGCCAACCAGAUGACAAGUCUGCUCGGUGGCUUAAACGAGAGGUCGAACUGGCCGAUGGGCCGAAGCAGCUGGGAUACUGCGUCGACGGCUUGAAUGUGAGCAUCCGCGUUGAGACAGCGGAACACCCCUAG